GGGGGAAGCCAAACGGAUCUGGCACAGAGCAAUGUCUCUCUGUCUUCUCUCCUCCUGGCUCUAGCUGCUGGGGGGUGCGGAUGGUUUGGCGUUGGGGGCUUGAAUUGUUCAGUUCAGGGACUAAAAAUCCUGUUUUGUUUUUGUUUCUCCCCCUUCUGGCUGUGGAGUCGGUCAGUGUCGCAAGAGAAAACCCACUAAAGGCACAGAGCAUGUGGCCCGGACGCCUGACUGCCGGGCUGGAUGUCUAGCAGGGCCAGGGGUCCCCCGGCGCAGCCAUGCCCCCGCGGCCGUCGUCCGGGGAGCUGUGGGGGCUGCACCUCAUGCCCCCCCGGAUCAUGGUGGAUUGUUGCCUCCCCAACGGCAUCCUGGUCACCCUGGAGUGUCUGCGGGAGGCUGCGCUGCUGGGCAUCAAACACGAGCUCUUCCGAGAGGCCCGGAAAUACCCCCUCUUCCAUCUGCUGCAGGACGAAUCCUCCUACAUCUUCGUGGGGGUGACCCAGGAGGCCGAGCGCGAGGAGUUUUUCGACGAGUCCCGGCGGCUCUGCGACCUGCGGCUCUUCCAGCCCAUCCUCAAGGUCAUCGAGCCGGUUGGGAACCGGGAAGAGAAAAUCCUCAACCGGGAGAUCGGCUUCGCCAUCGGGAUGCCCAUCUGCGAGUUCGAGCUGGUGAAGGACCCCGAGGUGCAGGACUUCCGCCGCUCCAUCCUGGCCGUGUGCCGUGAGGCCAUGGAGAUGCGGGAGGCUGGCGGGCCCCACAGCCAGGCCCUCUACGUCUACCCCCCGAAUGUGGAGUCCAGCCCCGAGCUGCCCAAACACGUCUACAACAAGCUGGACAAGGGCCGGCUGAUGGUGGCCGUGUGGGUGAUCGUGGCCCCACACCUGGACAAGCAGAAGUACACGCUGCAGGUGCCGCACGACGCACUGCCCGCGCAGCUCAUCGCCGACGCCAUCCGCAAGCGGAGCCGCAGCAUGCACCUGGCGCCCGCGCAGCUCCAGCGCUGCCUACAGGAGUACCGGGGCCAGUACCUGCUCAAGGUGUGCGGCGCCGACGAGUACCUGCUGCACGAGUGCCCGCUCAGCCAGUACAAGUACAUGAGGAACUGCAUCGCCGUGGGGCGCCUGCCCCACCUCAUGCUCAUGUCCAAGGAGAGUCUGUACAGCCAGCUGCCGGCCAACGUCUUCCUGCUGCCCUCCUACGCCCGCCGGGCCGGGCCCUGCACCCACGCCAACGGGGACCCGCCCGCCAAGUCCCUCUGGUCCGUGCCCAGCCUGCUGCACAUCCGCGUGCUGUGUGCCACCUACGUCAACGUCAACAUCCGCGACAUCGACAAGAUCUACGUGCGGACGGGGAUUUACCACGGUGGGGAGCCCCUCUGCGACAACGUCAACACUCAGCGCGUUCCCUGCUCCAACCCCAGGUGGAACGAAUGGCUCUCCUACGACAUGUACCUCGCAGACCUGCCCCGCGCCGCCCGCCUCUGCCUCUCCAUCUGCUCCGUCAAGGGCCGCAAGGGGACCAAAGAGGAGCACUGCCCCCUGGCGUGGGGGAACGUCAAUCUCUUUGAUUACAAAGAUACCUUGGUGGCUGGGAAGAUGGCGCUCAACCUGUGGCCAGUGCCCCACGGCCUGGAGGACUUACUGAACCCCAUCGGUGUGGGGGGCUCGAACCCCAACAAGGAGACCCCCUGCCUGGAGCUUGAAUUCACCUGGUUCAGCCACGCGGUGAAAUUCGCCGAUGAGGCACAAAUUGAGGAUCACGCGAACCGGAGCAUGUCACGGGAGCUGGGCCUCAACUGCUGCCUCACGGGGCUGAGCAACCGCCUGGCCCGGGACAGCAGCCUGCAGGAGAACGAACUGGAGCAGCUUCGGAGCAUCUGCCACCGCGACCCCCUGUCGGAGAUCACCGAGCAGGAGAAAGACUUCCUCUGGAGGCAUCGCCAUUACUGCGUCAACAUCCCAGAGACGCUGCCCAAGCUGCUGCUGUCCGUCAAGUGGAAUUCGCGGGACGAGGUGGCUCAGAUGUACUGCCUGCUGCGGGAGUGGCCCCUCAUCGCGCCGGAGCUGUCCAUGGAGCUGCUGGACUGCAACUUCCCUGACCCCCGCGUGCGGGACUUCGCCCUCAAGUGCCUGGCGCAGGGGCUGACGGACGACAAGCUGAGCCAAUACCUCAUCCAGCUGGUGCAGGUACUGAAGUACGAGCAAUACCUUGACAACCCGCUGGCCCGGUUCCUGCUCCGCAAGGCUCUGACCAACCAGCGCAUCGGCCACUUCUACUUCUGGCACCUCAAGUCUGAGAUGCACAGCAGGACAGUGAGCCGGCGGUUCGGGCUGAUGCUGGAGGCGUUCUGCCGGGGCUGCGGGAUGUACCUGAAACACCUCAACCGGCAGGUGGAGGCGAUGGAGAAACUCAUCAACCUGACGGACACCCUGCGGCAGGAGAAGAGAGACGACACCCCGAAGAUGCAGAUGAAGUUCCUGGUGGAGCAGAUGAAACGCCCGGAUUACAUGGAAGCUCUGCAGGGCUUCAUCUGCCCCCUGAACCCUGUCCACCAGCUGGGCAACAUCCGGCUGGACGAAUGCAGGAUCAUGUCGUCGGCCAAGCGGCCGCUCUGGCUGAACUGGGAGAAUCCAGACAUCAUGUCGGAGCUGCUCUUCACCAACCAUGAGAUCAUCUUCAAAAACGGGGAUGAUCUCCGGCAGGAUAUGCUGACGCUGCAAAUUAUCCGGAUCAUGGAGAACAUGUGGCAGAACCAAGGACUGGACCUUCGGAUGCUGCCCUACGGCUGCCUGUCCAUCGGGGACUGCGUGGGGCUGAUCGAGGCGGUGAGGAGCUCCCACACCAUCAUGCAGAUCCAGUGCAGGGGCGGCCUGAAGGGGGCGCUGCAGUUUAACAGCCACACCCUGCACCACUGGCUGAAGGAGAGGAACAAGGGGGCCAGAUGUGACAUCGCGGUCCUCACACACGCCUUCCGCCUCCUGACUUGCCCGGACGCCACGGUAAAGAACGUUGCAACGACCGCCCUGCACGCCGCCACCGAGAAACGAAUCGGCAGACCUCCCUCCGACCGAGAUGUGGCCACCUUCUUGAGCGGCUCCCUGGACGGCGACUUCGCCCGGGACAGGGGAGACUUCGCCUCGCUGUGGACCCGCGCCCGCAAUGCCACGCGCCGGCUGGGAAAGCACCUGGGCUGCCGCUGGGAAUGGAACGAGGAACGGCGGGAGCUGGGAGUCCUGAUACCGCGGAUCGGAACGGAGGACAACAUCAUCGUCACCCCCGGAGCCAGAGGCGUGCUGGAGAGAUCCCUGAAGGCCGCCGUCCACGCGCUCUACGUGGACGCCUUGAAGAAAAAGCCGGACCAGGGUAAAGUCUUCGAAGUAACCAGCAAGUGGGACUCCAGCAACCACUUCCUCCCCACAGGCAGCUUCACCCGGUUCGCCGACUGGCGGUUCAUUCACCGCGCCCGGCUGAAUUGCGUCCCUCUCAACGGUGCCAUCCGCCACGGGAACCGGGAUAAACGCUGCAGGAAGUGCGGGUACGUCAACGAAACCCUGCCCCACGUCCUGUGCUGCUGCAAGCCCCACGCCAGAGCCUGGCAGCUACGCCACAACGCCGUCCAGGACCGUCUAGUGAAGGCCAUCAACCCGCGUCUGGGAGAGAUCGCUGUCAACCGCACCGUCCCCGGCACCGACAGCCCGCUGCGCCCGGACAUCGUCGUCACGGACGAGGUGGGGAAAAAGAUCAUCCUGGUCGACGUAGCGAUUCCGUUCGAGAACAGGACCCCGGCCUUCCGCGAAGCCCGAGCCCGCAAGCUCGAAAAAUACGCCCCCCUGGCUGACACCCUGCGGACUAAGGGUUACGAGGUGCACGUCGACGCUCUGCUCGUUGGGGCCCUGGGUGCCUGGGACCCGUGUAACGAACGCGUGCUGAGGACCUGUGGGGUGGGCCGUCAUUACGCGCGGCUCAUGAGACGCCUAAUGGUCUCGGACACUAUCCGUUGGUCCCGGGACAUUUACACCGAGCACAUCACCGGCCACCGCCAAUACCAAGAGUGAGCCAGGGAGACCUCGUGCACCCACACACACCCCCUGCUGGACCCUAUCCCCUGAGCCCUAAACCCACCAAACCUAGCUGAAUCCCGCCACGUGAGGGUCACCCCAUCCCCAUUAUCCAGCCCGCUUGCUUAUACCCAUGACUGUCCCUGCCUCCCGUAUGGAUGGUGGACCCUCACCGUUUAUCGACUGUCUCCUGACCCCGCCCACCGGUUACCCACCCCUCAUUGGGGACAUUGCAGUGUGUAUAUACUAUGUGUGCUGCCCAGCCCCAAAACACCAACAUACCCCCUUACUCUGCAUGUUACCCCCAAUGACCAAUGACUAACGCUUCACAUUUUCUGUAUCGUUUAUUCCUUUAAAUUUCCUCUUUUUCUGGACCCAAUGCUAACACAGGACACCACUAGAGACAGACACAGAACAUGCAACACAGACUUUGUCGUGACACUAUAACCAUGGUAUUUUAUAACUCUUCAGCUGGUACCAGCUCUCCUGAUGUUCUGGUUCGGAGCCUGAAAGAUAGAAGCUUGGAAACAAAUUAGCACAGUGCUUUCACCCUGGCAGAACCUGCUUAGUCCCUGCCACAGUGUGUUUGGUACUUGGGGCUGCACAAAUGCUAAUUAAGUGGUGCAUUUUUUGUGAGUGUAAAUCCUCCCUUUCUCUCAGUAAAAGGGCGUUAACACUCCAUUUAGAAAAAAAUUUCUGUUUUAAAAUCUCCAGCCAUUUUGCCAUGGCCUGGAGAUCUGAGGCAGAAGCAGGGACUGUUGUUAACUGUUUCAAUGGCAUUUUGGCCCUGGGAGGAGGAAUUUACCCAAAUAUUUCAAAUAUCCCCCUUCCCAAUCUCCAGAGGGGUCCCAAAGGUCUGCCCCCUUCUGGGGUUUUAAAUGUUUCUUCUCCUGAUGUUCCUGCUGCUGUAAGAUUUGAGAGUGCUGUUUUAACUCUCUGUACCCAACCUGUUUUCAGUUUCUCUAUCUGUUGCUUGCCUGGGCCCGAUCCUGCUUUUUCCAAUAAACAGUUCCUUUCCAUGG